AUGUCUAAUAGAUUGGAGUCCUUGAACUCUAAGAAACCGUCAACUCCAGCCAAACCUGGUUUAAAAUUCAAACCAAAGGUUGUCCAAAGAAAAUCAAAAGAAGAAAGAGCUAAAGUAGCACCACAAGUAAAACAGGAACAACCAAAAAGUCUACCUACAAGAGGACGAGGUGGUGCAAGAGGUGGAAGAGGCAGGGGUGGUAGAAACAAUUACGCAGGAACUCAUUUAGUCACUUCAGGUCCAUUAUCAGCAGGAUCAGUUGCAAUUGGAAAUCCAACAAGUUCAAAAUUAGGAUUAACAUCAGAUUUAAUAUACAAUAGUAAUGGUGAAAAUUUAUCAACUCCUGAAUUUAUAAGUAACCUUAAAAUCAAAGAUAAAAAACUGAAAUCGCUAACUCCAGGUGUAAGUGAAUCAGAUGAUGAAGAUGAUCCUACAAAAAUUAAUAUGACAGAACAAUAUAGAUUUGAAGAUAAUGAAACAGAAUUAUUCCCAUAUAGACCAUUUAGAGAUGAUGGUAUACAGAGAGAAGAGCUAGAUAAAGAUGAAAAACCACCAGUCAAAAUUGAGCAAUUAGACUCAAAUACAAAUACACCAACACCAGCAAUGUCACUAACGAGAGAAAAUACUGAAGCUAUUGAAGAUAAAAUUGAAUUAAUUAAAGAAAACAAAGCCAAACUAGAAAGUAAAAUUACUCAAAAUGAUUCAAUCAUAACGGAUGAGAAAAGUAAAUUAAUUACAGAUCAUGAACAAAUUAUUAAUUUGUUAACCGGAGGUAUGAAAAGUUUAUCGACUGAUGAUGAUGAAAAAUAUGUAUUAUUUCAGCUACCACAGCAUUUACCAGAAUAUAAAAGAAAAGAAAGUAAAGUAAAACUAGAAAAGGAGGAAGAAGAGGAUGACAAUACUUUAAAAGGGGAAAUUGGUAAAGUUAAUAUUCAUCAAUCAGGUAAAAUUACAAUAGAUUUAGGCAAAGGUAUUAGAUUAAAUGUUACAAAGGGGUCGUCCACUGACUUUUUGCAAGAAUUAGCUGUCCUUGAUUUAAAUCAAAAUUCAAAUGAUGAUGAAGAUAUUCAAAUGGUUGAUGAUGAUGGGAGAGAAUUAUUAGGUAAAUUAAUACGAUUAGGUACAGUCAAUGAUAAAAUUAUAGCAACACCUUGUAUAGAGUAA